AUGAGUAAGAGAAAGACUUCUCCUUUUGUUGAAGGCUUCUUUCCUAGCAAGAAAUAUCGGGAAGAUGACUUGACUAGCUCCCAAAGAGAAAAUUCAGACUCAGAGAGUGAGUUUGUUGAGAUGUCAGAACAUGAUUCAAGUAGCUCCCAAACAGAAACUUCAGAAUUAGAGGAGUCAAAGCCUGAGAACUAUAAUCUAAUUGAAUUGGUUGAAAAAGGUGACUUGUUGGGAGUUAAAGAUGUUCUUUUAAGAGGAGCUGAUGUAAAUAGUAGUGAUCUGGAGGGGUCUACUCCAGUCAUGUUAGCAGUAAUGAAGGAACACAAAGAUGUUGCCAUUCUUUUAAUAGAGAAAGGAGCCAACCUAGAGCUUUUUAACAAAGUGGGGUCUACUCCAGUCAUGUUAGCAGUAAUGAAGGGACACAAAGAUGUUGCCAUUCUUUUAAUAGAGAAAGGAGCCAACCUAGAGCUUUUUAACAAAGACAGUGAUUGUCACAAGACUAUACAGGCCUACAAAAAUGUUCUCUACAUAUCAUGUUAUAAUGGUCAUGAUGAGAUUGUUCAAGUUCUUCUAGAUGCUGGUAUGAAAGUGAAUGCUCCAGAUAAG